AGCAAGGACUAUUUUCAACCAGGUUGUGGAAGUGUAAGAUACCUACAUGAAGGGAUGCGAAUCGUGCACAGAGACAUCAAGCUGGAAAACAUUCUUCGGCACGAGAGCGGCAUAUGGAAAGUUUGCGACUUUGGUCUUGCAGAGUACCAGGAUGAGGACGCGGCAGAUGCGGAGAUUGUAGGUGGAUCACUAGCAUACUGCUCUACGGAACAACUGCGGUCGAACAGGCCACUCCGGCGCCCUCUUUCGGAUAUAUGGUCAUUGGGGGUUGUUCUUUAUGCAUUCUUGACUAACAAACUCCCAUUUCAGGACGAGUAUGAGCCCCGACUUCAGUUACAGACCCUCAAUGGCCGAUACGAGGACCUAACGGAUAGCAGCACUGGGGCACGAGAUCUUUUGAAGAACGCGCUCCGAGCUAAGCCUGCGGAUCGUUGGCGUAUCGGACAGGUUAGAGAUAGCUCUUGGUGCUUGGAGAUCAGCAGCACAGACCUUGAGAGCAAUAAUAAGCCUAACUUGUACUCUCCGUUCAGAAGCGCUUUGUAG